GCGGAGACUGGGCUUCUUGGCGGUUAAAAGCUUGCUUAGCGGCUCAAGGUGUAGAGGAGUCCUGGGGGAGCUGUGGAGGAGGGGCCUGAGGGUCUUCUCAUUUCUCUGAAAGGGAAAGGUCUUCCUGGCCUGAUUCUCAGCCCUCGAUAGAGCGAUGAUGAAUGGUGGUGGUAGUGGUGGGAAUCCCAGGCUUCGGUUUGUUCGUCAUUGUUUAAUGCUUGGCGGGGGCUCUGAUGCCUUACACUGACUCCUUGAAUUCUGGGAGCAAUUCCAAUCAUCUUUGUCUCAAAGAUUCUGACUGUCCGCCUCCUUUGCUAACAAAGGAGGUUGGCUGAUCGACUGCCUGGUUCAGAAAGGAACAAGGCUAGUAAUUAGUGGAAGCAAGAGAGAGCGGGAGAUGCCUCACCAUGAUCUUCAGAAGCUGGGUUGAUCAGUGACUUUGGUGAAGGCUGAGAAAAUUGAAACCAAUUUGCAGAUGAUACACAACUUUUAAGACUCUUUUUUUUGGCCAAGAAUGAAAUUUGCCUCAGCUUAAUUGCUUUACACACAUUCUUGUGACGUUGCACCAUUGGGAGACAGGAAGAAAAAGAGGGAGCUGUGACUGUGUGGUAUGUAUCUAAAAGAGUGCGUUAGAGAGGGAGAAGAGAACGAAUAAGCAAGCUGGUUUGACCAGAAACAGAACUGCCUGUGACAGAUUAAGAGACAAGCAAGGCUUUUGGAAUCUGAGAGCAAGCAAAGAGAGUGGAAAUUUACAGCUGCCCUGUGUGAGUGUUCAAGUGAUCAUUUUCUGCUAACGUUUUUCCGGUGGUAACUGUUACUCUUCAAAGAGAGACAGAAAGUCAAGACGGGAUUGUGGAAACUCUUUUCUCUGCCACGCUUUGGUAAUAGGAAGCACCCUCUAUUGAAUGGAAGAUAAAGGCUACUUCAUCUAAAGUGCUUUGAGUCGGAGAGAGAGCUGUCUUCAGCACCUCACCAUGUGUGUACUUUUUGUUGCUUAGACAAGCCUGGACAUUUCUAUAACAUUUGCAUUCUAUAUUGGAAGAAGAGAUUUCUAUAGAUGAAAAAAAUGCCUUUGUUUAGUAAAUCACACAAAAAUCCAGCAGAAAUCGUGAAAAUUCUGAAAGACAACUUAGCCAUUUUGGAAAAGCAAGACAAAAAGACAGACAAGGCUUCAGAAGAAGUGUCGAAAUCACUGCAAGCAAUGAAAGAAAUUCUGUGUGGUACAAAUGACAAGGAACCCCCAACAGAGGCUGUGGCACAGCUAGCACAAGAACUCUACAAUAGUGGGCUGCUGGUGACGCUGAUAGCAGACCUCCAACUGAUAGACUUUGAGGGAAAAAAAGAUGUGACCCAGAUAUUUAACAACGUCCUGAGAAGACAGAUAAGCACUCGGUGUCCUACUGUGGAGUACAUUAGUGCUCACCCUCAUAUCCUGUUUAUGCUCCUGAAAGGAUAUGAAGCCCCACAGAUUGCCUUACGUUGUGGAAUUAUGCUGAGAGAAUGUAUUCGACAUGAACCACUUGCCAAAAUCAUCCUGUUUUCUAACCAGUUCAGAGAUUUCUUUAAGUACGUGGAAUUGUCAACAUUUGAUAUUGCUUCAGAUGCCUUUGCUACUUUUAAGGAUUUACUAACCAGGCAUAAAGUGCUGGUAGCAGACUUCUUAGAACAAAAUUAUGACACUAUUUUUGAAGACUAUGAGAAAUUGCUUCAGUCUGAGAAUUAUGUGACUAAGAGACAAUCUUUAAAGCUGCUGGGGGAACUGAUCCUGGACCGACAUAACUUUGCCAUUAUGACGAAGUACAUCAGCAAGCCAGAGAACCUCAAACUGAUGAUGAACCUCCUUCGAGAUAAAAGUCCCAACAUUCAGUUUGAAGCCUUUCAUGUCUUUAAGGUGUUUGUGGCCAGUCCUCACAAAACGCAGCCGAUUGUGGAGAUUCUGUUAAAAAAUCAGCCCAAACUCAUUGAGUUUCUGAGCAGCUUCCAAAAAGAAAGGACGGACGAUGAGCAGUUCACCGACGAGAAGAACUACUUGAUUAAACAGAUUCGAGACUUGAAGAAAACAGCCCCGUGAAGUCUCACCCAGUUUCCUGCCACAGUCACCGUCUCAUUUGUUCAGCUUGUACAAAAAGUGUCAUUUCAAAAAGUAAUCAUUCUUGGGAAGGCUUUUGAGAUACCUAUUUUUUUCUCAAUUCAUUGUUCAGGGUAGAUGGACUAUAAACAUUUGAAUGAAAAAAAUUAACCUAGAAUAAUAUAUUCAUUUUAAUCAAGUCUGUGAUUAUUUAUGUGAAAUCAGAGCCAUUGUAUUAGACAUUGAUAAAAGCGAUUUUAACCCUUUGUUGAUGAAAGGCAGCAGGGUCGUGGGCUUGCAGAUCUGAGCCCUCAGUUGCUGGGAGCCCCUGAGGAGGAGCCCAAAUGAUGGUCACUGAGUCCUCAAAGAGGGCUGACUCUUAGAGGCGAGCCGGCCAUGGCAGCAGAAGGCGCAAAGCUAUUCUACCUAUAGGCACUUAGACAAACACAUUUCUUAGGCACUGAAAGACCUGAGAAAAUAAGAUCCAUGUUUUCAGUAGUCACAUACUCCUGUCCCCUGUCCAUGUCUUCUGACUGUAAUUCACGGUUCCCGACUACUUAGGGAACCGAUGUCCUGCACAGCCCUCCUUUCUGCUCGCUGCCCCGCAUCCUGUCCUCAGCAUGCCCGACUCCUGGCACCGCCCCCCCCCCCCGCCACUGCACCCUGCCCUGGGGACAGCACAGAACUAACCAAGUACAAAUAGGAUGGAUUGAGCGGCACAGGGCACAGAGGACCCGUGUGGUAUGACCUGGUCACUUGAGAACUUGGAGCAGAUGGUUAAGAACCACAGCUCUAGCUAUAGUCACUGCUGUUCCACGCUGACUUCUGUAGCAUUCGUGAAUGUUUGGGAUAUUUCAUUCAUAAUUCUUAUUAUGGGAAAAAUGUUUUGUGGUGAAAGUGUGUUUUAGAGUAGGAAUCAUUGCACUGUGAUGCCAGCGUGCACAAAACCAUGAGUCCAGAGGGUUGCACAGGUCUUUAGACCACUUUUAUAAAUAAGGCAGUGUUGCCAUUGGGUGAGCAAUCAUGAUUAAAUGCAUGGAAAAACUGUCAAAUGAUCAAAAACAAUUUUUUCAGUUUAUUUUCUCAUAAGCUGUUGCUCUAAUUUCCCAUCAAAGUCUUCAGUGAAAAGGUUGAAAACCUGUAAAAUAUUGGUCCCAAAGACUCUCUUGUAUACUAGGAUGAUUAAAAAGUUAAUUUGUGUUGGCAUGGAACCAAAAGAAAAAAAAAGGAAAAAAAAAGUCGUGAUUUGUUCUCAGACAUUAAGUAUAUGAAAUGGAAUUUUAAACCUAUAUUUCCAAGACAUUAAAGAAACAAUCGUUAACCUGUAUUUUUUUCCUAAUUCUGUUUCCAAAUCAUGAGUUCCUGCCUUCCAUGGGAACCUUCACUUCUUACAAUAUUGUGUGCGGUCUUCUUCAACCAGACGCUUAUCCACCCAGAGAGGGAAAGCGCCCCCUCCAAGGAUCCUUCUCCAGGAUCAGUGCCCUCUGUAGGUUUCGCAUCUGAAGAUUACCUGGCAGGGUUUCACCCUGCUGGCCGGGGCACAGGCUCAUGUUCUUCUGUGCCCAGCGUGGAACCCUGAGGCAGAUGGUGUGGGACCUGUGGGACCUUGUUGCAGCAGCUCCGGCCAAGGGCAGCGUGGGAGGGUCAGCGGCAGCCCAUCUGAUGACCUUCAUUCUUUAAUCACUGAAGUCUGAUUACUUUUAUAACAUUCCCCGACAGUCUAGAGUCUGAGAAUUUGAUUUUCUGGUUUUGCUUAUAUGAUUAAAAGAUGAGUGUAAAUAUUUUUUUAAAGGCACAAUAACCAGUGGAAAUGUAUCUAUUUGCUUAAAUACUGUCUGACCACAUCAUGGGACAUGUGUUUUCAGUUGGAAAGCAAGGCCUUGGUAUAAUCUUUUUUUGAUAAAUAAAACAUUUUAUUUCCUCUGGGCUUGAAUGAGCUCUUUCCUAGCAACCCCUUAUCCUAGUUUAGUCCCUGUCAAACAAAACUAGAGUCUUAAGAGGCAAUAAAUGAAGUGACUGGGGUUUUGUUGUAAUACAAAUUUGUAAAUUAUUAACAUUAGCAAGGGAGCAAGAAGCUCAUAGUCAAAAUAUGUUUGCACAAAAUUCACUGUAAAUAUUGUGAGAAUUGAAUUUUGAAAAGGUCAUAUUUAAUAAGCUAUUU